AUGGCUGUUGAAAUAGAUGAUUUCUUUGACGAGCCGGCCAACGAGAAACUUGAGAAUUCAAAUGGCAAAGAUGUCCGUUUGGGGAGGCUUGCUUUGCCUAACCCCAUAAUCGACGACCUCAGAGAUCAAAAUCUCCCUCUGGGUGUUCUGAUUCCUCUCAAAACGGACCAGGAAGUUUAUCAGGAUCACUACAUUUCUCAUGCGUACAUCACUCGAGUCCCGACCAAGUCUGCCAAUAACUUUGUCACACUCUUACGCGACUUGAGCAAUGCCGGUAAUGCUAAUACCUUACCGCAUCUGCGACGAUGUGCAAAGCCAGCGGACCUCCCGGCUCACCUAAAGACACAGCUGAUGAAUGACACACCAACUGGUCGGCAAAUCCACACUUCGAAAUCGACCUGGAUUUACGUCGUGGUAGGAGAGUCCAAAGACUUUUCCCGCGUUGAGCUUCUUGAGCUGCUUUCUGAAGUAGAAGGAGUUGAGAAGGAGCCGUUCUUGAGCAUCAUUCCUGUCCCAAUGAUGGCACCGACAUCUCAAAUCCAGGCCGCUAUGUGGAGUGCACAGUUUUGGCCGACAGUCUACCGUAAGAACAACCCGCUGGGUCCUCAUCCGGGAAUGUUCGCCCGUGGCACAGAAGACAUUAAGAAUGACGCACCAAUUUGGAUCGCACUGGCACAUCGCGUUGCUCUUCAGGCCAAGGAAGCGGGUAUUGGAGAAGCUAUGGGGGCUGUGAUUGUUCAAAGAAAUGAAAAGGGCGCAGAGCUUGUUGGGCUUGCUGGAGAUGCGAGACAUUAUCAACAGAAUGGAUUCGGUUUCGAAAAUAACCCAAUGUCGCACUGUGUGCUGCGUGCUAUGAGCAUGGUGGCUCAGAAACUCGUCCGGUACGAGCGAGCGGUUGCUGAUCAGCCAAUGGAGCGCCCCAUCUUGGAAUUCGACGCCUUCCAGGACACACCUAUGCUUGAGCUGGAAAAAGAGUGCUUCGAGCAAGAGCACCCAAACAAAGAUGGUUACCUGUGUCACGGACUGGAGCUCUAUUCCACCCAUGAGCCAUGCGUUGCGUGCUCCAUGGCUGUCCUGCACUCUCGCAUGGGCAAGGCAGUGUUCUGUUGCCAUAUGCCUCGAACGGGCGGCCUGAGCGCAGAUGAUCGUCCUGAUGGAGGUGGACGAGGAUUGGGUCUUUUCUGGAGACGCGAGCUCAACUGGAGCUUGCUGGCUUGGGAGUGGGAAGGUGACGGUGUACCUGACCUCCCCCUUGUCGACCCAACCACUCACGUUUAG